AAGCGGCGGCGGCGGGAGCAGCGACGAUGGAAGAGAAGGUCUUCACGAAGGAGCUCGACCAGUGGGUCGAGCAGCUGAACGAGUGCAAGCAGCUCUCGGAAGGGCAAGUGAAGAGCCUGUGCGAGAAGGCUAAAGAAAUCUUAACAAAAGAAUCCAAUGUUCAAGAAGUAAGAUGUCCAGUAACAGUUUGUGGAGAUGUCCAUGGACAAUUUCACGAUCUCAUGGAACUUUUCAGAAUUGGAGGCAAAUCACCAGACACAAAUUAUUUGUUUAUGGGGGACUACGUUGAUAGGGGAUACUACUCUGUUGAAACAGUAACACUUCUGGUAGCGCUUAAGGUCCGUUACCGUGAACGCAUCACAAUCCUUCGAGGGAACCAUGAAAGCAGGCAGAUCACCCAAGUAUAUGGUUUCUAUGAUGAGUGUUUAAGGAAAUACGGAAAUGCAAAUGUCUGGAAAUACUUCACAGAUCUUUUUGAUUAUCUUCCUCUUACUGCUUUGGUGGAUGGACAGAUUUUCUGUCUACAUGGAGGUCUCUCUCCAUCUAUAGAUACACUGGAUCAUAUUAGAGCACUGGAUCGUCUCCAAGAAGUUCCACAUGAGGGUCCAAUGUGUGAUUUGCUGUGGUCAGAUCCUGAUGACCGGGGUGGCUGGGGUAUUUCUCCUCGAGGAGCUGGCUAUACUUUUGGACAAGACAUUUCAGAAACUUUCAACCAUGCUAAUGGUCUUACAUUGGUUUCAAGGGCUCAUCAGCUGGUAAUGGAGGGAUACAACUGGUGUCAUGAUCGGAAUGUAGUAACAAUUUUUAGUGCUCCAAAUUAUUGUUACCGUUGUGGUAACCAAGCUGCAAUUAUGGAGCUUGAUGAUACUCUAAAAUACUCAUUUUUGCAGUUUGAUCCAGCACCACGCAGAGGUGAACCACAUGUUACUCGUCGCACCCCAGAUUACUUUCUGUAAUGAGAUUUUCCACUUGUACAGUAUUGCCAUGAACCAUGUGUUGACCUAAAGGAACAUGGGAAGAGCAACAGUAACUCCAAAGUGUCAGAAAACAUUUUAACAUUGAAACCCGUUUUCACAUGGACCAAAAGAUGUGCCAUAUUGAAAUUCAAAGCCUCUUGUCUGUCAGCGACUGUGACCACUUUAGAAUGAACCAGUUCAUUGCAUGCUUGAAGCAACAUUGUUGGUCAAGAAAUCAGUUUCUGGCAUAGUUCUACUUGUAGUUACUUUUGCUUUCUCUGAGAGACUGCAAAUAUUAAUACGUAGACAUUUAAACACUUCGUGAAUUACAAGUAACUUUCCAUUUAGCUUUAGCUUUCCAGCAUGAUUGUAGAUAAGAAUAGCAAACUAUCAUUGAAGCUUAAUGAACAUUUUAAAUAAGCACCAAGACUGACUUUUCUUAUUUGUGUUCUUAUUUUGUUUUUUAGGGAAACAGUUUAAUUUAAUUGUCUUAUUGUUUCAUCUGAACUCUGUUCCCACCUCAUUUUUCUCUCACACUUUUCCUCUACAAAGUGUCCCAUGUAUGUGUUCAUCAUAGUGAAUUAGUUUGAAAGAACAAUUUAUUUCUGUAAGACGUUGCUGCUGGAGAGUGUUGCAGCAUUUUUCAUAAUAAACUUGUGAACUAAGUUUGGAAGAUGGUUGACUUUAAAAUGUAUUGCAAGCACAUAUCAUGAUGUAUUUAAUAAAAAAAUAGCUUUUAUGUCUCUUUGAACCUUUGAAGGACCCAAACAAUACUGAGUUCAGGAAACAUAUUACAGUACGUAAAAAUCAAAAUCUAAGGAUCAGAUUUGGUAAUCUGUGAUGUAUUAGGAAGGCAAAUAAUUACUGCCAUAAUUAUAUUAGCAUUUGUCAAAUACUAUUCUGUGAAACAGAUCUUCUGACAUUUAAUUCUAUAUUUAAAGUGGAAAAGCUUCGAUUGUGAAGUUAAAUCUAACUUCACCUAAGCAUAGUCUUAAAAAUUAUAUAUCCUCAAUGUUCCUGAUGAAGUUUCUUUUUAUACUUUUAAGCAAAAGAAUAUGAGGUUACUGCUUCUGUGCUACUGAAUGAAGAAUGGAGAGGAACUGGUGAGAGAUCAUAAAUCAAUCUCAAUACUCUGUAACCCAUUCUUAGUAGUAACAGUCUCUCAUACACAUUAUGACUCUCUUGGGCAGCUUACUUUCCCUCAGUUUGAGCAGAAGGCAGUGAAUAAGUCAUAGGCUAAAUACUCCAAAUACUUGUUUAAUAUAUUCUGAUCCCAGAACUUGGGAUAUUUAAAUAGCUAGGAAAAAUGAGCCUAUUACGAUGGAAGUUAAAUUCUUACUUGUAAUUGUUGGUAUCACACAUUUGUUGAAUGAUGAUGGAAAUAGUGUAACAAUGGGGAUAUACCAACAAGCCACCUGUAACUGAUUGUCUCAAAUGUGAAAAUCAAAACAUGUAUUAACAGUGAUUUCCUCUUCCUUUGUAACUAGUGUUUUUACUUACCAUUCAAUAAAGUAGUAACAGAAUAAUGAA